GUGCUGCCUGUUUUAGUACUCGUCUUUCUGCAAAAAUGUUGAGGUUAAUCGUGGCCGUAGGGAUUUUCUUCCUGUUUUGCGAUGCCCAGGAUGUUUACUUUGAUGAAAGAACUACAAUAGAGCUCCAUCACUUCCUGGAUGACUCAGACACUGGACCAACAUACCGUGGAAACAUCAGUUUGACCGGUGAUGGAAAUACACGAAUCACCCAGGAACAGCUGUCGGAGGAAGAUCGCUUGAAACUGGUGAAUUUGGCCAAGAAGGAUGCUUUCUAUACACUCAGAGCAACAGUUGGAAGCUCCUCUGAUCACCCGGUGACUUUUUACACUUCAACAAAAGCGUGUCUCCUGUUGAAAAACUUCCUGCUGGACAACCUUUGGGUGUCGCUUGAUCAUUUGGGCAGUGUCAUUGGAGUUAAUCAGGUGGUAGCUGGAAGCCAAAACUGUGGGGAGGGUGAACAACUUAGUUCUGAAUUUGCCGGAGAAUUCACAACGGGAGUUUUUGUAAAGCAGGCUGAACUUGCGCCCAUUCCGGACACUGCCAGCUUCAUUCAGAAGCUGGAAAGGGAGAGGGAGGCUAGGGAACGUGGUGAAGUCAAAGACAACAGAGGAUUCUUUGCGAAAUACUGGAUGUACAUUGUUCCAGUUGUUAUUCUCCUUUUACUGUCCGGAGCCACCAAUCCGGAUGCUGCUGCUGCCGGAGGUGGAAGAUAAAGACAUGUAUUUGCAAUAAACUAAUUUAUUCUCAAAGAUAA